AUGACGAAGGAGGAAGAUAUCACACGCUCGGCGAUAGCAGAAGCAGUGGGCAACGAUGAAACCAUUCGAUCUACAAAGCGAGAACGAGAACCACGACCACAAUCUCUCCCACCACCGCCCCUGACCAUCACCCGAGCGCAAAAGCGAAUCUCCACUAUCUUCAAGAAACCACCGCCUCGAUUUCCGCGCUUCAUGGACCUGCCCGCUGAGAUCCGAAUGCAGAUCUGGGAAGAAUCAUUCGAAUACCGAGUCCAUGAAUUACAUCCUUGCGCAAAGCUAUACAACGAUCGAAUGACCUUCCGCUCCAACAGUAGUCAAACACCCGCCAUCUUUCAUGUAAAUCGCGAGUCGAGAGCCAUCGCAUUGAAGAACUAUCAAUUAAUGAAGUUCGACCCGGUGAGAGGGAAUACGGGGAAGGGGAUAUUGAGAUUUUAUUUCCACCCGGAGAGAGAUACGUUGUUGUUGAAUAGCUUGAUGGGAUUAUUCAUGAUGUUUGUCUUGUUGGAGGAGGAAGCUGAUUAUGCGGGAACCAUGAAGGGAUGGCAGACAGUAGCAUUCGACGCCGAGCGCGCGCAAUUAAUCACUCUCCUCUCCGGCAUCCACGGCCACGCUCCCCAACCACGAAUCAAAGAAGUCUUCCCCUCUCUACAAAAACUCAUCAUCGCAUUCGAUUACACGAGUAGAGGCAAGACCCGAUUUCGCACCUCUGUCUGGCCCGGUGAGAAUGGAACCUCUCUCAAGAAGUUUCCCUGGCCGGUCAUGGAGUCGACGGAGUUUGACAACAUCUUCAAUCCCAUGAGAGAGUAUCUGGAGAAUGAUUUCGAAAAGGGAAGUGUGCCAGAGAUACAUGUCGCCAAAGUCAAGAGGAAGGCGUUCAUUCGAGGGGAUAUUCGGUACGCAUUCCGAAAAAGCUGUGCUUUCGUUGGAGUUCGACCGAGAGGUAUAUUUCGGCGUAUUUAG